AUGGCUUCUUACAAUUUCAAAAACAAACAUUUCCCAUUUCCAAAGCCCCUAAUCCUUUUUUAUCUCUUCAUGGUCACCAAUUUCUUCUCACCUCUACGCCCAUUUACAAGUGCUUUAUCCUUCAACUUCACCACUUUCACUUCGGGUGACACCCAUAUAACUUACGAGAGAGCUUUCGCUGAAGACCAAGUCAUCCAACUCACCAGCAACCAUGUCAGAUCAGCGCUUAUAGGCCGAGCCACAUAUUUCAAUCCCAUGAAGCUGUGGGACAAGGCAUCCGGUAAUCUCACAGAUUUCACUACCCAUUUUUCCUUUGUCAUUGAUUCGCAAAAUAAAACGAAGUAUGGAGAUGGGUUUGCCUUCUUUCUUGCUCCUAAUGGAUCAACAAUUCCUAAACCUGCCACCACAGGUCGCGCUAUGGGUCUUGCCAAGGAUGGCCAGUCAUUAAAUUCGACGGAUAAUACUUUUGUUGCAGUGGAGUUUGACAUUUAUUCCAAUGGAUAUGAUCCACGUGGCGAACAUGUAGGUAUUGAUAUAAACUCCAUGCUAUCUGUUGCUAAUGUGUCAUGGCAGGGGAGUAGAAUAUCUAUUAUGGAAGGGAGAAUUAAUGAAGCUCGGAUUGGUUAUAAUUCAAGUUCUCAUAAUUUCAGUGUUCUCUUCACUGGUCUCAUAAACAAUGCUACUGUAUGGCAAUCCCUUUCUUACAUUGUUGAUUUGAGAGAUCACCUACCUGAAUGGGUUACUUUUGGAUUCUCAGCCGCAACAGGAAAUGCUUCUGCAAUGCAUACAAUUCACACAUGGGAUUUUAGGUCAAGUUUGGAAGAUACGACAAUGGCAGGUAGUCCAAGCCCGAAUUCGGCCCCUAACCAAAGGAAAAACAAGAGGUUAGGAUUAGUCGUGGGGUUGGGUGUUGGUGGAUCUAUUUUGCUUGGUGUGUUUGCUUUAAUUCUAUUUGGCUUUUGGAAGAGGAAUAGGAGGGACGCAGAAGCAGAAGAGGAUCUUGCCUUGGAUAGGUACAUGGAUGACGAAUUUCAAAGGGAAACAUGGCCGAAGAGGUUUUCAUUUAAUGAAUUGGCUUACGCCACGAAGAAUUUUAAUGAUGAAGAAAAGUUAGGCCAAGGAGGAUUUGGUGGGGUUUACAGAGGACUUUUAAGGGGCUCAAAUUCCUUCAUUGCUGUUAAGAGGGUAUCUAAAGGGUCUAAACAGGGGAUAAAGGAGUAUGCAUCUGAAGUAAAAAUUAUUAGUCAAUUGAGACAUAGGAAUUUGGUGCAACUCAUUGGAUGGUGUCAUGAAAGAAGAGAACUCUUACUUGUCUAUGAGUUGAUGCCCAAUGGAAGCUUAGAUUCACAUCUUUUUACUGAAGAAAGCUUAUUGACAUGGGCAAUGAGGUACAAAGUUGCUCAAGGAUUGGGAUCGGCCUUGCUUUACUUGCAUGAGGAAUGGGAACAAUGUGUGGUUCAUCGGGAUAUAAAAUCAAGUAAUAUUAUGCUUGAUUCAAACUUUAAUGCUAAACUUGGGGAUUUUGGGCUAGCUAUGCUUGUGGACCAUGUUAAAGGGUCACAAACCACAAUAUUGGCAGGAACUAGGGGCUACAUGGCUCCUGAAUGUUUCACAACUAGUAAGGCUAGCAAGGAGUCAGAUGUAUAUAGUUUCGGAAUUGUCGCUCUGGAAAUUGCUUGUGGAAGAAAACCAAUCAAGCCCAAUGCCCCUGAAGAUCAAGUAGUCAUGGUGGAAUGGGUUUGGGAGCUCUACGGAAUAGGAAAAGUACUUGAAGCAGCUGACCCAAGGUUGGGUGGAGAUUUUGAUGUGCAGCAAUUGGAGCGUUUGAUGAUUGUAGGGCUUUGGUGCGCUCACCCUGAUCGAAACCUUAGACCUUCAAUAAGGCAAACAAUUCAUGUUCUCAAUUUAGAGGCUCCAUUGCCUAUUCUUUCAUCAAAUAUGCCAAGGCCAGAAGAUUUUGCUCCAGCAAUGAAUAGACAUUCAAUGUCAUCACUUUCUUAUGAUGGAGGACGAAAUCAAAAUUCAAGCAACAAUUACACCAAUUCCUCUAUGUUCUCCUCAUCCUCUGCAGCUUCUCAAUCUGCAUGGCUUCUGCAUACACGCUAA